UGACAAUGAGAAUUUCAAAAUCAAAUCAACAUGGCGGAUGUUUUUUGAAUAUUCGUAUUAUCGUGAUUUUUUUGCAAUUUUUCCAAGCUAUUUUCUCAGUGUUGUGCAAGUGGAAAGCCCGUGGGAGUGAACCUGAGGAUCCAUUGGACAGCCUACGAGUGGAUAAGGUGCAGGAAAAAUUUGCAAAGUGGGCGAAAAGAGCAUUUGAGAAAAUUCUGUGUCCGGACGCACUGUGUAGGAUUCCUGUUGAGCGAUUCCUGCGUGAGCAAGUAAAAUGCCACGGGAGGAUUUGAAGUUGCGUCAGGCGGUGAAGGAGGAUGAUAUGGAGGUGGAUGAUUCCGAUGGGGAACCACCGGCAUUUGGGCCAGCUGCAUUGGGGCUGCAUCGCGUGGGUACAAAAUUGCCCCCAAAACCAGCCCCAACUCAGCCAAUUCAGGUGCUCAAUGCCCGUGGUAUGCCGGCGAGGAUUAGGAAGAAGAAUCGCCUGUUCUACGAUGAUAACAUCAUCAAUGACAAGCCGCCACCGAAGCAAUCCCCGCGUAAACUGGGCAAAAGGACCCCCAUGAAGGUUCUCCAGACGCCAAGUCGCAUCAUCAAGCGUGGCCGCAUGAAGCUAAAGUUCGCCGGGAAGCAGAGUCCAGCAUCGGCAGGGAAGACCUUUGGGAGGAUGCGUGGUCAAAUGGGUCGUCCAUUGGCUACGCCAUCCCCCACGUUGCCGCUGGACAGAAAAAUGGGCCAGCGAGUUGGGCUGCGCCUGAGGAACCUCCUAAAAUUGCCCAAGGCUCACAAAUUCGUCAGCUACGAAUGGUUCUACAGCUCUGUCGAUCGGGUUCUCUUUGAGGAUCCCACGGAUUUUGAGGCGUGCGUGAAGGAGUCUUUCCCGCAGCUCGUGACACGUUCAAUGUCCCGCGUGGAGUGGACUCGUGUCCGGCGCAUGAUGGGCAAGCCAAGGCGUUGCUCUCAGGCCUUCUUCGAUGAGGAACGCCGGGAGCUGGAGCGCAAGAGGCAGAAGCUGCGCCUGCUGCAGACCCGCAAAAUGGGCGAUGUGUCCUUCGUGAAGGAUAUGCCGACCAAUGUGCCACUGCCAUUGGCGGUGGGCACGGGUGUCACGGCGAGGUUACGGACGCCGCAGGAUGGACUCUUCACAGGCACCGUGGCUGCUGUGGAUUUUCACAAUCACACCUACAGGAUCGCCUUUGAGCGGCAAGGACUGGGAACGCACACCGUUCCUGACUACGAGGUCGUCUCUGACUCUGUGCAAGAAACAAUACCUAUCAGCAGUCUAACAAAAAAUUUCCGCCAAAAGGCAAAUUUGCCGAAGAAUUUUGUGGCAUCUCCGUUGAAUUGUCUGACAACUCUGGGGAAGCAUGAUCCCAUGCUGAGUGUCGAUGUGUUCAGUCACCUGAAGAAGCCACAGAAUCUGACGUAUCCCACGGACAAACAGGUUGGUGGGUAUCCGGUGAAGUUGCUGGAGUUGAUGGUGCGCACGAAGAAGUUGCUGGCGUCUAAGCAGACAAAGUUGCAGCGUCUGCAGAGUUUGAAUUCCGAAGUGGCCAUUCACAAGAGCUACGACGAGCCCAUCACGGAAGAGACCCAGAAGAUCUAUGCUAAUCUCGUGGUGUCCCUGGAGAAGAUUAAUCGCAAUAUUCAUGGCAAUUUGAAUCAGAUUCAAACUUAUACGCCACAGAUUUCCAAACAGCCGCAGAUUCUGUCGAUGCUGACGCCCAGCUACUUGAGGGAGAAGUGCCGUGAGAUGGGCAGUCAGACGGUGCAGAAUAAUAAUCAUGGAGUAGUGAAGGAUCCCGAAGUUGUGCGUCUCAUCUCGGAUAUGGCCACGAUAAUGUGGGUGGCAUCGAGUUUAUCCAAUACCGAACAGUACACAAAUGUCCUGCGAGUCCUGGAGGGAUGCCUGGAGGAGACUAAGAGUAGGCUGAGCCCAGAGAAUGUGGAUGUCUUCCACAAAUGUGUCAUGGUGCAUAUUCAUCAGAUUAAAAUGGGUUUGGGAAAUUUGGCGGCUCCAACUACUUCGGCAUCUUCAGCGUCAGCUUCAGUACCUUCUUCAGAAAAGCCUAGCAGGAUUAUCAAAAUGGAACCACAGGAAGGGACAUCGUCAAAAGGAUCGACCACGGAGACGGUCAAGGUUAUUAUUGAGACGAAAUGAGAAGGGAACUACCUUCUCAAAAGUAGAAAUUUAAGUUUUUUUGCCUAAAUUAAGGGAUUUAAUUUCUAAUUUGAAUUUGGAAAUAAGGAAAAUUCAAUUUUUUUUCUUUAAUUUUUCUUCAAGUUUUUUUUCUUGCAUAAAAAAUUAGAAACGUAGUUCAAAUACUUUCAAGGAUUAAUUUUUAACAGAAGAGAUGUAAGUUUAAUUGAAAAAUAAUUCAUUUUCAAUAUUGAGAAAUUUCAUUGAAUUGUAACAAAGGUAAUUAUAUUCGCUGGAGUUUAUAACAUAAAAAAUAUAUGGAUAAGAAA